CUCUGCUGAGUGGAGUUGUGGAGUUCUUCUUCUCUCUUUGCUCCCCGUGAGUCCAGCUGUCCCCUUGCUGCAGCUCCUUCUCCGGCCCUUCUGCAAUGGAGAGAGGGCAAAUGGUGACUGUUUACCUUCUGGGCCUGUGCUGCAGCAUGUGCGCGGUUGCGGCCAUCCCGAGGGCCCAAAUGUUCCCCUAUGGCAUGUUAAGUGGAGAUUCACUUUUGGAAGAAGGAGACGAUGAAACCUCCAAAGUCAUCUCUCUGCCUAAACCCUUCUACUUCUACGACACCCCCUUCUAUCAGCUUUAUGUGGCCACCAACGGGUUCAUAUCAGCUCAGGACUUGCCGAUGGAGACGCAGUACGUGGACGACGGCUUCCCCACGGACUUCCCGGUGGUGGCGCCGUUUCUGGCUGACAUGGACACCAGCGGAGGACGAGGACAGAUUUUCUACAGGGUGACCGAGACGCCCAGCGUGCUCAACAGAGUGGCCCAGGAAGUUCGCCGGGGUUUCCCGGAUGCCGAAUUCACACCCACCCACGCCGUAGUGGCAACAUGGGAGAAUGUGGCGGCAUAUGAGGAGCCCGCUCGAACCAGCGGGGGGACCUCCAACAAGGUCAACACCUUCCAGGCAGUGAUUGGUUACGACGAAAGCGACUCGUACGCUCUCUUCCUCUACCCCGAGGGUGGCCUGAACUUCUUUGGGACGAGGCCCAAGGAGUCCUUUAAAGUGGCGAUCGAGCUGGCCGCCCGAGUCGGAUUCAGCAGAGGAGAAGUCAGCUAUCUCUAUUUUUCCCGAACCGAGGGACCUCACUACAGCGUGACCAGCGAUGAACAGAGUAUCAAACGUCUCACCCAGGUUGGGAACACUGGAAUUCCAGGCCUUUGGCUUUUCCACACCGGGAACCGCUAUUUUUUUGACAACAUUGUCCCUGCAUCGACUGGUGGCAUCCUUGCUACCCCUCUCCCAAGAGAACAUGACCACACGCUGGGCGCCACUACCCCCGAGUACAACGACUUUGAAGAAUACGAAGACAACAGCAACUUUGAGCCCGCUCAUCAAGAGGAGGACGGUGAUUUCCCCCUGACAGGUGAAGACCUGGAAUUCCGCCCAGCGGUCGCCGAUGAAACUCUCCAGUCGCGAAGCUCUGACCUCCCUUUGUCAGCGUCUGAGGUGUCGCAUGGCGGUGAAGAUUUACCUUUGACCUCUGAACCCAGGCACGGUUCAGAGGUAGCAGAGCGGCAGUACGCGCCACCGCCGCCUCCGCCUCCUCAAGAGGCCACCCCAGAUGGAGGCGCUCAGUGGUCCCAAGAGCAGCGACCACAGAUUCCCGUGGAGGUGGGACGUUUGUAUCCCCCUCGCAGAAAUGAACCACCCCUGUCCUCUGGAGGUCACGUGGUCAGUGUGGAGGAAGAUGUUGACUUUGACACAGGAGUGAUUCACUACACCACUGAGAAUAAGGAAACAUGUGCAAGGUUCAAGCAGCAGUGCUCUCAGAAUGCCUUUUGCUCUGAUUACGCGACGGGUUUCUGCUGUCACUGUCAACCCGGCUUUUACGGAAAUGGCCGCCACUGCUUGCCGGAAGCGGCCCCCCAGCGCGUCAGUGGCAAGCUGAGUGGGACAGUAACCGUGGGUUUAACUCCUGUGGAGCUGAACAACAUCGACCUGCAUGCUUACAUCGUGGUGGGAGAUGGGAGGGCUUACACAGCCGUCAGUGAGAUCCCUGAGCCAGUGGGUUGGGCCUUGAUGCCGGCUGCGCCGAUCGGAGAGCUGUUUGGAUGGCUGUUUGCUCUGGAGCUGCCCAAUAGCCAAGCAGGAUUCAAAACAACAGGGGCUGAGUUCACUCGACACGCCGAACUUGUCUUUUAUCCUGGCAACCAGCGGCUGCUCAUCAGUCAGACAGGGCGAGGCCUCGAUGAGAACAACCAUUUCACUGUGGACACCGUGCUCAGCGGCAGUAUACCUUUUCUACCUCCUGCUGCUGAAGUAACGAUGGAUCCUUUUAAGGAGACGUACCAUUACUACCCUUCAGUUGCCACCUCCAACUCCGUGAGGGAGUUCACCGUGGUCUCGCCGGAUGGAGGAUCCGAAUCCUUCUCGUUCCAGCUAAAACAGAACAUCACCUACCGUGACUGUCGACACGACAGCCGGGUUCCGCCUCUCGAGACCCAGCAGAUCACCAUGGAGAGAGUGUUUGUGAUGUACGUGAAGGAGGAGCGCAUCCUGAGAUACGCCAUCACCAACAAGAUCAGCCCAGUCGGAGGGUUGACAGGACCAGAGUUGGUUAACCCCUGCUAUGAUGGAAGCCAUGACUGCGACACGACUGCCCAGUGCAUCCCUCUGGAGGACAAGGCUUUCCAGUGCCGAUGUGGAACUGGUUACAGCGGGGAUGGACACAACUGUCAAGAUAUCGAUGAGUGUGCAGAGGGCUUGUCUACGUGUGGGGCUCAUUCUCAGUGCAUCAACUUACCUGGUAGCCAUCGCUGCCGCUGUCAGGCUGGCUAUGAAUUUGGCUUUGACGGACGUACAUGUGUGGACAUGGAUGAAUGCAGAUCCUCUCCAUGCCACGGCGAUGCGAGAUGCACCAACAGCCUAGGCUCCUUCCAGUGUCAGUGUCAGAAUGGUUUUUAUGGAGAUGGGUUCCUUUGUUCCCAACAAGGACAGACAGACCGUACGAAAAGCCAGUGUGAGGAGCACAGAGACAGACUACAAGGUGGGCUGGAGCAAGCCGGUCAGCUGCCCGUUGGGAUUUUUGUCCCACAAUGUGACUCUGAUGGACGAUACAGGCCACUGCAGUGCCAUGGCUCCACUGGUCAUUGUUGGUGUGUGGAUAGUCGGGGGCAAGAGAGAGCAGGAACCAGGACUCCUCCUGGUACGGCACCAACAGAUUGUGACAGACAUGAGCAACCACAACAACCUAAAACGCAAUGUGAGCAUCACAGAGACAGCAUACAGACCACCAGUCCAGAGGGUUAUCCUAUCGUGGGAGCCUUUGUACCUCAGUGUGACGCGAACGGACGGUACACCCCUCAACAGUGUCACGGCUCUACUGGACAUUGUUGGUGUGUGGACAGCCAAGGACAGGAAAGACACGGCACCAGAACUCCACCUGGUACAACUCCCAUCGACUGUGAGAGACCCGAUGACCGUCCGAAAACCCACUGCGAGCAGCACAGAGACAGCGUCCAAACUACCAGUCCACUCGUGGGGGCAUUUGUACCUCAGUGUGAUGCUAAUGGACAAUACACGCCAUUGCAGUGUCACGGCUCUACUGGGCAUUGUUGGUGUGUGGACAGCCAGGGACAAGAAAGACCCAGAACCAGAACAAGUCCCGGUGCACCACCCACAGACUGUGAUAAACCAGAUGAACCGGAUCGUACAAAAACCCACUGUGAGCGUCACAGAGACAGCGUGCAGACCACCAGUCCCGAGGGUUUUCCUCUAGUGGGGGCCUUUGUGCCUCAGUGUGAUGCAAAUGGACAAUAUACUCCACAACAGUGUCACGGCUCAACUGGGCAUUGUUGGUGUGUGGACAAUCGAGGACAAGAAAGACCUGGUACAAGAACUUCUGCUGGGUCAACACCCGUUGACUGUGACAAACCAGAGCAACCUAAAACCCAAUGUGAGCAGCACAGAGACAGCAUCCAGACUAUCAGUCCAGAGGGUUAUCCCGUAGUGGGAUCCUUUGUACCACAAUGUGAUUCCAGUGGACAUUACACACCACUACAGUGCCACGGCUCGACUGGACAUUGUUGGUGUGUGGACAGCCAAGGACAGGAAAGAGUGGGAACCAGAACUCUACCUGGUACAACACCCACAAACUGUGACAAGCCAGAAGACCCGGAACGUCUUAAAACUCAUUGUGAGCAGCACAGAGACAGCGUACAGACCACCAGUCCAGAAGGCUAUCCCAUUUUGGGAGCUUUUGUACCUCAGUGUGAUGCGAAUGGACAGUACACUCCGCAGCAGUGUCAUGGUUCUAGUGGACAUUGUUGGUGUGUGGACAACAGAGGACAAGAAAGACCCGGUACUAGAACACCUCCUGGUGCAACACCCGUUGACUGUGCCAAACCAGAGCGUCCGAAAAGCCACUGUGAGUUGCACAGAGACGGUACACAAACCGAGGGUCCAGAGGGUUAUCCACCGGUGGGAGCUUUUGUACCUCAGUGUGAUGCGAACGGACAUUACACUCCUCAGCAGUGUCACGGUUCUAGUGGACAUUGUUGGUGCGUGGAUAGCCAAGGACAAGAAAGGUCUGGAACGAGAACGCCUCCUGGUGCAACACCCUUUGACUGUGAAAAAGCAGAGCGUCCAAGAAGCCACUGUGAGUUGCACAGAGACAGGAUACACACAACCAGUCCAGAGGGUUAUCCACUGGCAGGAGCCUUUGUACCCCAGUGUGACGCGAAUGGACAGUACAUUCAUCAGCAAUGUCACGGCUCUAGUGGCCAUUGUUGGUGUGUGGACAGCCAAGGACAAGAAAGACCUGGUACUAGAACUCCUCCUGGCGCAACACCCUUUGACUGCGACAAACCAGAGCAACCUAAAACCCAAUGUGAGCAGCACAGAGACAGCAUCCAGACUAUCAGUCCAGAGGGUUAUCCCGUAGUGGGAUCCUUUGUACCACAAUGUGAUUCCAGUGGACAUUACACACCACUACAGUGCCACGGCUCGACUGGACAUUGUUGGUGUGUGGACAGCCAAGGACAGGAAAGAGUGGGAACCAGAACUCUACCUGGUACAACACCCACAAACUGUGACAAGCCAGAAGACCCGGAACGUCUUAAAACUCAUUGUGAGCAGCACAGAGACAGCGUACAGACCACCAGUCCAGAAGGCUAUCCCAUUUUGGGAGCUUUUGUACCUCAGUGUGAUGCGAAUGGACAGUACACUCCGCAGCAGUGUCAUGGUUCUAGUGGACAUUGUUGGUGUGUGGACAACAGAGGACAAGAAAGACCCGGUACUAGAACACCUCCUGGUGCAACACCCGUUGACUGUGCCAAACCAGAGCGUCCGAAAAGCCACUGUGAGUUGCACAGAGACGGUACACAAACCGAGGGUCCAGAGGGUUAUCCACCGGUGGGAGCUUUUGUACCUCAGUGUGAUGCGAACGGACAUUACACUCCUCAGCAGUGUCACGGUUCUAGUGGACAUUGUUGGUGCGUGGAUAGCCAAGGACAAGAAAGGUCUGGAACGAGAACGCCUCCUGGUGCAACACCCUUUGACUGUGAAAAAGCAGAGCGUCCAAGAAGCCACUGUGAGUUGCACAGAGACAGGAUACACACAACCAGUCCAGAGGGUUAUCCACUGGCAGGAGCCUUUGUACCCCAGUGUGACGCGAAUGGACAGUACAUUCAUCAGCAAUGUCACGGCUCUAGUGGCCAUUGUUGGUGUGUGGACAGCCAAGGACAAGAAAGACCUGGUACUAGAACUCCUCCUGGCGCAACACCCUUUGACUGCGACAAACCAGAACGUCCUAAAAGCCACUGUGAGCACCUCAGGGACAGUAUUCAGACAACCAGUCCAGAGGGUCAUCAACUAGCGGGAGCCUAUGUACCCCAGUGUGAUGCGAACGGACACUACACUCCUCAACAGUGUCACGGCUCAACCGGGCAUUGUUGGUGUGUGGACACCCGAGGACAAGAAAGACCUGGUACUAGAACUCCUCCUGGUGCAACACCCAUAAACUGUGACAAACCAGACUGUACUAAAACCCACUGUGAGCGCCACAGGGACAGAGUUCAGACCACCAGUCCAGAUGGUCAUCCACUAGUAGGAGUCUAUGUACCCCACUGUGAUGCUAACGGACAGUACACUCCUCAACAGUGUCGUGGGUCUAGUGGCCAUUGUUGGUGUGUGGACAGCCAAGGACAAGAAAGACCUGGUACUAGAACUCCUCCUGGCACAACACCCUUUGACUGCGACCAACAAGAGCGUCCAAGAAGCCACUGUGAGUUGCAUAGAGACAGUAUUCAGACAACCAGUCCAGAGGGUCAUCCACUAGCAGGAGCCUAUGUACCCCAGUGUGAUGCUAAUGGAAACUACACUCCUCAACAGUGUCACGGCUCCAGUGGCCAUUGUUGGUGUGUGGACAGCCAAGGACAGGAAAGAUCCGGUACUAGAACUCCACCUGGCGCAACACCCUUUGACUGUGAAAAACCAGAACGUCCUAAAAGCCACUGUGAGCAGCAUAGAGAAAGCAUUCAGACAACCAGUCCAGAGGGUCAUCAACUUGCGGGAGCCUAUGUACCCGAGUGUGAUAAUAACGGACACUACACUUCUCGACAGUGUCACGGUUCUACUGGCCAUUGUUGGUGUGUGGACAGCCAAGGACAAGAAAGACCUGGUACUAGAACUCCUCCUGGCGCAACACCCUUUGACUGCGACAAACCAGAACGUCCUAAAAGUCACUGUGAGCAGCACAGAGAAAGCAUUCAGACCACAAGUCCAGAGGGUCAUCAACUCGCGGGAGCCUAUGUACCCCAGUGUGAUGCGAACGGACACUACACUCCUCAACAGUGUCACGGUUCUACUGGCCAUUGUUGGUGUGUGGACAGCCAAGGACAAGAAAGACCUGGUACUAGAACUCCUCCUGGCACAACACCCUUUGACUGCGACCAACAAGAACGUCCUAAAAGCCACUGUGAGCAGCAUAGAGAAAGCAUUCAGACAACCAGUCCAGAGGGUCAUCAACUUGCGGGAGCCUAUGUACCCGAGUGUGAUAAUAACGGACACUACACUUCUCGACAGUGUCACGGUUCUACUGGCCAUUGUUGGUGUGUGGACAGCCAAGGACAAGAAAGACCUGGUACUAGAACUCCUCCUGGCGCAACACCCUUUGACUGCGACAAACCAGAACGUCCUAAAAGUCACUGUGAGCAGCACAGAGAAAGCAUUCAGACCACAAGUCCAGAGGGUCAUCAACUCGCGGGAGCCUAUGUACCCCAGUGUGAUGCGAACGGACACUACACUCCUCAACAGUGUCACGGUUCUACUGGCCAUUGUUGGUGUGUGGACAGCCAAGGACAAGAAAGACCCGGUACCAGAACUCCUCCUGGUACAACACCCAUCGACUGUGACAAACCAGAACCUCCUCGAAGCCACUGUGAGCAACAUAGAGACAGUGUACAGACCACCAGUCCAGAUGGCUAUCCCAUAUUGGGAGCCUUUAUACCUCAAUGUGAUGCGAAUGGACAAUACACGCCUCAACAGUGUCACGGUUCGAGUGGACAUUGUUGGUGUGUGGACAACCAAGGGCAGGAACGACCUGGAACCAGAACUCCUCCUGGUGCAACACCCUUUAACUGUGACAAACAAGAACGCCCUCAAACUCAUUGUGAGCAACACAGAGACCGUGCGCAGGCUACCGGUCCAGAGGGCAAGCCCAUACCGGGAGCCUAUAUACCUCAUUGUGAUACUAACGGACGGUACACAUCUCAACAGUGUCACGGCUCGACUGGGCAUUGCUGGUGUGUGGACAGCCACGGACAGGAAAGACCUGGAACCAGAACUCCACCUGGCACAACACCCAUCGACUGUGAGAGACCGAAUCAACGUCCUAAAACUCACUGUGAACACCACAGAGCAAGUGUGCAGACAACCAGUCCGGAGGGUUAUCCACUGGUGGGAGCCUUUGUGCCUCAGUGUGAUGCUCACGGACAGUACACACCACAACAGUGCCAUGGUUCCAUUGGACAAUGUUGGUGUGUGGACAGCAACGGUCAAGAGAGAGCAGGAACAAGAACUCCGUCUGGUGUUCCUCCCGUGGACUGUGACGCUCCUGUCUACGCGGCCCCUACCGAGCGUCCUGAGAGCGUGUGUGAGCGCUGGAGAAGCAGUUUGAUGGAGCAUUACGGUGGGAAGCCAGAGCCGCAGCAGUACUUGCCCCAGUGUGAGCCAGAUGGGCAGUUCAGUCCAAUCCAGUGCUAUGGGGAGACCACCUACUGCUGGUGUGUGGACCAGGAUGGGCGAGAGGUUCCUGGCACCAGGUCAAAUGAUGUCGUCAAGCCUGCAUGCCUUCCUUCGGUGGCCCCGCCCACCGUGCGCCCAUUACCUCGCCCGGAUGUGACACCUCCCUCUCACACUGAUGUCACACUGCUUUAUGCACAGGGACAGAAAAUAGGAGCACUUCCUCUCAACGGGUCCAGACUAGAUGCCAGCCGGUCCAGAACACUACUGACUCUACAUGGCUCCAUCGUUGUGGGUCUGUCAUAUGACUGCAAGCAGAACCAAGUGUAUUGGACAGAUUUGUCUGCGCGUACCAUUAAUAGAGCAUCAAUGGUGCCAGGAGCUGAGCCAGAGAUACUCAUUAACUCAAAUCUGGUCAGUCCAGAAGGUUUGGCUGUGGAUGUCAAUCGAAGGCUGAUGUUCUGGGUGGACUCCAACCCCGACCUAAUCGAAAGAUCCAACUUGGACGGGAGCGAUAGAAGGACGCUUUUUGACAGAGACUUGGUCAAUCCCCGGGCCAUCAUCGUGGUCUCAUCCACAGGUUCUUUGUACUGGACCGACUGGAAUCGAGAAGCUCCCAAGAUUGAAAGCGCGUCGGUGGAUGGCCAGAACCGCCGGGUGGUGGUUUCCGAGGGGAUCGGUUUGCCCAACGCAUUGACUUACGAUUAUUCUUCUGGGCACAUCUGCUGGGCCGAUGCGGGCACUAAGCGCUUAGAGUGUGUAUUCCCAGACGGUUCGAGGCGAAGGGUAAUAAAUCCCAGCCUCAACUACCCAUUUAGCAUGGUUUACCACAGAAACCACUUCUACUACACUGACUGGAGGAGGGACGGUGUCAUCACAGUCAGCAAAGACAGUGGUAAGCUCACCGAUGAAUAUUUGCCGGACCAGAGGUCUCAUCUCUAUGGCAUCGCCAUAGCAACAUCCCACUGUUUAUCAGGGAACCAUUAACAGCAGAACGGCAGUCACACGGUCCUUUGGUGCUAAAGUUCUGGGGCCGUUUUUUUGAGCCGGGGAUGUGACGAGCCCUCCCGGUGUCCCUCGGAGGAAAAGGAGGCUCCCGAAGGGACGUGGCUUCCUGUGGAUCAGCUCUCACCCCCCCCACCGCCAAGAUAUAACCACACAUUAAUAAUUUUGUACAUUUCUUUUGUACCUCAUUUUUUUUUCUACUGAAUUUUUAUAUGCAAGUUUGUUUUUGGAGCCACCAAAGCCGAAGAGUAAUAUCACAUUUUUUUUUUAUUUUCAAGUGUGUUUUAAGCAGUAAAGAGCUGUAAAAUCUUUGCACCCAACUCAGAGUUUAAUCAUGGGCCACGUUACGACGCAGCAGUUGAUGAGCUCAAUUUCGCAUGAAGACAGGAAACUUGGAAAGGGUCAUCCAAAGUGAGGAAUGUAAAUCAGAUUACAAUCAUGAAGGCUUUCCCUCCACUGUGUGUCAGAAUUUCAGCAGCUCCAUGUAUGUCAUUAUUUCCCUGCACCACUAAUAGUCCCCCGCCUCCUGAUUUGAUUUUUUUCGCCCCCCGCUUCAUAAAAUGUGAUAUUUAUAACAUUAAAAAGUGUUCUGGUA